CUCCCACUUCCGCUUCCGGUGCGGGCCGCGCGCGAGCGCAGCGGUGGGAGGCGGCGACGAGCCGGUUGAGGCCCCACGCUCGGCCUCACCACGAUGUGGCACGAGGCUCGGAAGCAUGAGCGCAAGCUUCGAGGCAUGAUGGUUGACUACAAGAAGAGGGCAGAGCGGCGGCGGGAGUACUAUGAAAAGAUUAAGAAAGACCCAGCCCAGUUCCUGCAAGUGCACGGCCGAGCUUGCAAGGUGCACCUGGAUUCUGCCGUCGCCCUGGCCGCCGAGAGCCCCGUUAACAUGAUGCCCUGGCAGGGAGACACCAACAACAUGAUUGACCGCUUCGAUGUCCGUGCCCACCUUGACUACAUCCCCGACUACACCCCCCCGCUGCUCACCACCAUCUCCCCAGAACAGGAGUCGGACGAGCGGAAAUGUAACUACGAGCGCUACCGAGGCCUGGUGCAGAACGACUUUGCUGGCAUCUCCGAGGAGCAGUGCCUGUACCAGAUCUACAUUGACGAGUUGUAUGGAGGCCUCCAGAGACCCAGUGAGGAUGAGAAGAAGAAGCUGGCGGAGAAGAAGGCUUCCAUUGGCUACACCUACGAGGACAGCACCGUGGCCGAGGUGGAGAAGGUGGCGGAGAAGCCAGAGGAGGAGGAGUCGCCAGCUGAGGAGGAGAGCAACUCGGACGAAGAUGAGGUCAUCCCCGACAUCGACGUGGAGGUGGACGUGGACGAACUGAACCAGGAGCAGGUGGCAGAUCUCAACAAACAGGCCACGACCUAUGGCAUGGCCGACGGUGACUUUGUCAGGAUGCUCCGGAAAGACAAGGAGGAGGCGGAGGCGAUCAAACAUGCCAAGGCUCUUGAGGAAGAGAAGGCCAUGUAUUCGGGCCGUCGCUCCCGGCGCCAGCGGAGGGAGUUCCGGGAAAAGCGACUAAGGGGCCGCAAGAUCAGCCCACCCAGCUACGCCCGCCGAGACAGCCCCACCUACGACCCCUAUAAGCGGUCACCCUCAGAGUCCAGCUCCGAGUCCCGCUCCCGCUCCCGCUCCCCGACCCCAGGCCGUGAGGAGAAGAUCACGUUCAUCACCAGUUUUGGGGGCAGCGAUGAGGAGGCAGCCGCAGCAGCGGCUGCAGCAGCCGCAUCAGGGGCCACCACAGGGAAGCCCCCCGCGCCCCCCCAGCCCGGCGGCCCCGCACCGGGACGUAAUGCCAGCGCCCGCCGCCGCUCCUCCUCCUCCUCCUCCUCCUCUUCUUCUGCCUCGAGGACCUCCAGCUCCCGCUCCAGUUCCCGCUCCAGCUCCCGCUCCCGCCGUGGCGGGGGCUACUACCGUUCUGGCCGCCACGCACGCUCCCGCUCCCGGUCCUGGUCCCGCUCCCGGUCCCGCUCCCGGCGCUAUUCUCGGUCCCGUAGCCGUGGCCGGCGGCACUCAGGUGGGGGCUCCCGAGACGGACACCGGUACUCCCGUUCACCCGCCCGGCGUGGUGGUUACGGGCCCCGGCGCAGAAGCAGGAGCCGCUCCCGCUCCGGGGACCGGUACAGGCGGGGCGGCCGGGGCCCCCGGCACCACAGCAGUAGCCGCAGCCGCAGCAGCUGGUCCCUCAGCCCGUCCCGCAGUCGCAGCCUGACUCGGAGCCGCAGCCCCAGCCAGAGCCGCAGCCGCAGCCAGAGCCGCAGCCGCAGCCGCAGCCAGAGCCACUCGCCAUCGCCCCCAAGGGAGAAGCUGACCAGGCCGGCGGCGUCCCCUGCUGUGGGCGAGAAGCUGAAAAAGACCGAACCUGCCGCUGGUAAAGAGACAGGAGCUGCCAAAGUCACCCAAGCUGACGCCACAGGAGAAGCUGAAGCUGAGGAUGCAGAAAGCACUGAACAGGCAGUUCAAGGCGGAUAAGAAGGCAGCGCAGGAGAAGAUGAUACAGCAGGAGCAUGAGCGCCAGGAGCGGGAAGACGAGCUUCGAGCCAUGGCCCGCAAGAUCCGCAUGAAGUAAGACCAUCGCACUCCUGCCUCUAGGUCACAGCCACCCGCUCGUGGGCUGCCCAGCGUUCUCAACCGCCUGGUCCCUAGCUAGAGCCCUGUGGUCUGCUCCAGCCCUAGGGGUGGAAGGCAAAGUGCCCGCCUGGCCCUCAGUGUCCUCCCUCUGUCCUCGGCUUUUGUGCUGCACCUGCUGUGUCUCCUCCUGGCUCUGCCGGCCCCGGAGCACAGAGCCUCUGCUGUUCCUUUGCCUGGCUUCAUUUGUGGGGGGGUUCCCGGAGGGGGGCUCCCUGACUGUCCUAUCUGGAGUAGCACCCCAAAAUGCUCCAUCCCCCAAGGCCGCUGUGUUUUCUUCAGAGUACUAACCCCCACUUGGCACGUGCUGUUCUGUUAUCUCGCUUACUAGUUGAUGUCCCUCAAAGUGAGAGAUGAGGACAGGUUCGGUGCUGGGUCCCUGCUGUGUGCUCAGCCCCCGGAACACAGAAGUGGUGCUCAGUAGGCCAACCCCGUGGUGGCUUCCUCUUCUCCCCUUCUGUUCCUCAACUCGUCACUGCAGAGUGGACAGGCUCGGGGCCUGGGUCAGACAGACGUGAAGUCUAGUUCCAGCUCUGCCUCUCUGUGACCGUGUGACCCCAGGGGUGGUUGCCAGCAAGUUCCUCACUUCAGAUGUUUUUUCAUUUUUUUUUUUUUUUUAAUUUAUUUUUGAGAAGGUGGGGGGAGGAGA